AUGUCACCGUGUCACGGCACUCGACCUGGCAGCUGUUUUGGCUUUUUGCCGUCGGCUUUCGGCGGGGUUCCAUACAGGGGGCCGAAAAAGGCUUGGCACCACGUGCCAGAAGGUCAACCAGGGACAGAUGACCAUGGACGUAAUGCCAUCUCGCACGGAGGCGGCGGUCGACAGAUAUCGACAGAUAAAGAUCAUAAAGGCUCUGCUUUGGGCAAUUGGAUCAACCACCGCUCUCAGAAAGCGGAAUGCUGGUGGAACAGUCAUCACUUCAAACUGCAUUUGGGCAACUGGCAGGAUGGGUGCAAGUUGCCAUUCACAAAGAAGCUCGUUACAUCCUCAAAGGAGAGUUUGAUUGUGGCUAUUUCCUGUGCUGAUGCUAGCUGA